GUGUUGGUGACAUUUAUGAUUUGUAGGCCUAGUAUCGGGGUUCCCUUGGUUAGAGAUAGGCGCAGUGACUUGUGUCUUGUGAGAUUUUGUCUUUGUAGGACGACAAUCAUGGAAAGUUUCGUAGCUGUCAUCUUUCUCUUCGUCACCGGAAGCUUUGUUAGACAAGGAACCGCUUCUCCAGCUGCUCCCGACCCGGUAGAGGACAUCCAGUUCGCCAAUGUACACGUCAGCCUCAGCCCGGCGCAUGCGCCGACGGACAUCCACGGACACUCGCACACUCGAGUGGGUACGAACGAAAGCAUCCUCUCCGUGUCCAUGGAUUCGAAGCGCUAUAUGCUGAAACUCACUCCCACCUCCUGGCUGGUGGCGCCCGGGGCGUCCCUGAGACGCGUCGGUGCCGGCGGGCAUACGGCUGACAUGACCACCGCCCUCCUGCCCCGCCGCGCCCUUGCCUCUACCUGGUCAAUUCGCAGGAGAACUCAGCUCUGGGGGGCACGUUGUCCCUAUGCCAUAAGGAUGGACCGUGUGAGUAAGCACGUCGUCCUCAUGGAGGGAGAGUCCCUGACAGAACUCCUGCCUCACAAGGUCAAUCCUCCCCGACCGCCCUACCUCUUCGAGGAGUCCCACAUCAGGAAGAGGAUGCCCUACACGAAGUCCUUCACCCACAUCGUCAAGAGGCAUAACCUCCCUUCCGGAGAUGAUCCCGAUUGUCACGGUAGAAGAAAUUGUAAACCAGUCAUCUUCCCGGACCCUCAGAAUAUUCCAGACUGGGACAUGGUCCAUAUCGACCCCUCCGAGUGGGAAAAGGAACAUCUCUCCUCCCAGUUCAAAUUCGACAAAAGGUCCAAUGUCCCGUCGUCUCCAAUCACCGUCGAACUCGGCCUCUUCUUGGACCAGCCCCUCCUCGACACCUUCUCCAAAUAUUUGCAUUCCGAGGACGAGCUGGUGGACCUUGUGCUGGGGCUUGUAAACAACGUGCAGGCCCUGUACCGUCACCCGUCCCUCGGACGUACCGUCCAUCUCAGCAUCACCCACCUGCGGCUCCUGAAGACGCAGCCGGAGGACCUCCCCACGCACAGGGGAGACAGGAUCCAGCUGCUGAAGUCCUUCUGCCAAUACAACCAGAGGAACAACGACCCGAGUGACGCCAGCCCCGACCACUGGGACGUCGGGGUCUACCUCUCAGGGUUAAACUUCUUCGAAAAGAACGAAGACGGAACGGAGAACGGAGUGACCAUGGGCUUGGCUUACACCGGGGGCGUCUGCGACCCGUCCCUCUCCUGCGUCAUCAACGAAUUGGGCGCCGUGGACUACAGAGGGAGGCCCUAUCCUUCGGCGGGAGCUCUCAGCUCCUACGUCUUGGCGCAUGAAAUCGGCCACAGCUUAGGUCUAAGACACGACGGCGUCAGCAACGAAUGCAACCGCCAAGGGUUCAUCAUGGCAGCCGGGCGUGGACUGAGAGGAGCCACUACGUGGUCCACCUGCGCUCGGGACAAGUUGCAGCUUCAAAACGGCGACUGUCUCAAUGACGGGGCGGAGAACGAGAUCGCGUCCGCGGACAGUCCGUGGGACCACUCUGUCUACGACGGACUUCCGGGACAGAAGUGGGACGCCACGGCCCAAUGUCGUCUCUUCCUGAGGGACGACGAUGCUACUCUGUACGACUUGACUAAGAUCCAAGAAGUUUGCGAAAGCGUCGAAUGCAUGACGCCCCAGAGGAUUUCGUCGUACUUGGCCGGACCAGCGUUAGAGGGCACUCACUGCGGAGGAGAAAACUGGUGCCAAGGCGGGCAGUGCGUGCCCUGGGGCAACAGGACGCUGGAGGUGGUGGUUGGGGGAUGGGGUCCCUGGACUCAUUCCGAAUGCCAGUCGGGCUGCGUGAAGGGCGCCACAGGAUACAAGACAUCUCGGCGAGUGUGUGAUUCACCCACGCCUAAAAAUUCCGUGGAGGGUUGCGUGGGCGUGGAAGUGGUCGUCUCAUUUUGUGACGACGAUAAGGUUUGUGAAUCAGCUCCAAGGAAAACCGUGACGGAGGUGGCCAGCUCCCUCUGCGGGGAAGUGGCCAAGUUGAAGGAUGACAUCGAGGCAGAGGGAAGGCAGAUGUCGUACAGCUCGGGUCCAGAUAUGGCAUGGCAAGCUUGUGCUCUCUAUUGCCAGAAGACCAACUCGACCAGCUUUUGGACGCCGAGGUUCGAAUUCAAGAACAUGCCCCAAGUGCCCACCCAUCUGCCCGAUGGCACGCCUUGCAACAGCGGCGAUUACGUGUGCUUCAAUCGCGAAUGUGUACCCAGGGAAACGGCAGGGACGAGUCUCCGUAACGGCAGGGCAAUGGUGCACCGCCCCAAGCAGAUGCCCAUGCCCAAGGACAGUGACUACCCCGAAAUCGACGUGGACGACCUGUACUCCUGAGCUGGAAAGCGACAUAGAAAGACAGACAUCACAGACAGAUUUUCAUGGAGGACUUCGUUGCGAAGCGUCCGUUGCGAUGAGCAAUUUCCUCAAUUAUUAAUAUUAAUAUUAUUAUUAUUAUUGUCAUUAUUUUUAUUUCAUUAUUAUUUUUCCUGUUAUAGCCAUCGUUGUUGUAUUGGUGUUGACCCUAUAUAUUUGAUAUUUAUUGUAUUUAAUGGAUGUUUUGUUGAACUUUACUGGUGGGUUGACCAUAACCGGGUAAAA